AGAUAAAGAGAAACGUGAUUUUAGGACUCUCCGAACUAAAUACCCCUUUUUGAUUCUGUAUCAUCCUCAAUAAAAUGUAUUAAACAAAUGUUAUAAUUUGCAGUGUUGUCAGUUGUAAUUAGUUUAAAAUUAAUAAUAAGACCCUCUUUCCAACAUUGUGACGUCAUCAUUUCUAGAACCCUGUAUAUCUGCUAGAGUGUGUGGGUUGUAAACUGCGCAGCGCUGGUUAAUAUAUUUUGACAGUUGUUAGUUGAUGUUAUAACUACGCCCAUUUAUGAUACUGACUACGCCUAUGUGUGAUACAUGGUCAGUACUUUCAUGCAGGAAUCCAGCUUAAAAUCUUGAAUUUCAAAUUGAUAAUACGAAUGAUUUUCUAGUUUUACUUGAUAUAACUUAUUAUCUUUUAAAUAUCUGUUACCGUUACACUUUUAGAGAAAUACUUUAGUUUGAUCGCUUUAUUUGAUUUGAUAGAGCUCUCUAUAUCAUCUCAAUUAGUGUUAACAUGGUUACAUGGUAACUAGGGGGUAACUUGGGGUAACUAGGUGGUAACUAGGUUACAUGACAUUUUGUAUUAACGUCAGCAGUAACUCAGAUGAAGUUCUCCUUUUUUGGCAACACAUUUAGCAAUAAACUAUACUCUCAUAGCUCCACAAUCCAGCUACUGUCAAUCGUUAAUAACCUAUAGCUGAUCGUAUAUCACUAGUUCUCUGAUCUAGCUACUUACAAUGCUUUGAAGAAGAAUCUCCACCCCUCGACGCAAUCUAUGUCAUUAAAAGCAAUCAGAACCAACGAACAAGGAUCCACCACCACCACCACUUCAUCAUUAAACGCGGACAAACAACGUAAACGCUGUCUCUCCGACAUAUCGGAACUGGUACUUCUCCGCGACAUUGAUGCAAUGGACAGGGGCAGGUCCCAGUCAGCUCAGUCUAUGCCAGACUGUAGGAUUGUGCCGGAGAUUGUUAUAACAAGCAGUUGUUGCUCGCUCAACUCUUGUCCAGCUGCAAGGUCUGCGGUUCCUCUAUCGAGUGCGUCUCCUUACGACCUGACUGUUGAUCCUUUAAGUACAAGCAGAAAGCUUUCAAACAGCGGUGCUAUCUCUAAAAGCGCAAACGAAUUAAGUCUUCAUCAGAACAACAGCGUCGAUUUAUCGCUCAGCGCAUUCCCUACGGGUAACGGCAACGCAGACAACUUGCCGCGGUGUAAGAGCUUAGAAACCUCCAACGUGUUUGACAGAGGCAAAGCGCCACAAACGCUCCGACGAUCCAACUCAGUUGACAACGCGAGCCAGUCAUCCACGUUGAAGUCCCACCAGGAGUUCAUCCUGAGCGGUGUGGACAGUGACUUUGAUGUGGAGGAUGAGAACCGACCUUGGUCUGCCAGGUUCCCAACGAGUUCACUGUCUACCCAUGACAUCAAACGACAAGAUGUUAUAGCAGAAUUCAUCCACACUGAGAAAACUUUCCUGAGAUGCCUUUUACUUCUCCAAAAGGCAUACCAAGAACCGUUGGAAACCCACAGCAUUAUAAAUUCAGCCUUAUCAAAUAGAAUAUUCCUCAACCUUUCGUCUUUAGUAGAUCUGCAUCGGGGUUUUAAAAACGAUUUGGUGAGCUUACAAGGCUCAAAUGAAUACGUUGACUCUAUAGGACCUUAUAUCUCAAAGUUUCUCUCAAAUCCUGAAUUCGAGAAGGAAAUAGUUAAAUAUUGUAUAAAUUUAACGGAUUCCUUGAUGGUUUUAAAGGAGAAAAUGAGAAACACAGACUUUGCAGCGUUUCUGCUGGAAUGUGAAUCAAACCCACAGUGCAGGAGGAAACAUUUAAAGGAGCUGCUUCCCAACCCCAUGCAACGGGUCACAAAAUACCCCCUCCUAAUACAGCAGAUACAUAAAUACACGAAAACUGCCACAGAAGAACACAAUCGAAUGACAGAAUGUUUAGAAAAGAUCAAAGACAUUUGCUCAAAUAUAAACAAAGAAGUUGCUCGUGCUGAAUCACAGAGAAUAGAAAAGUCAGCCCGGGCUCGAUUGUUAGCAGAGGACAUGAAUAGAGAGAUCGGUGAGGUAAUCCUCAAUAUGCCAGUGUACUGUGACGACGUGAAACUCGACGUUAAUCUGGUUCUAUUUGAGAAGUUCAUCGUACUGUUCCCGAACGACCGAGCAUUCCUCUACUCAUCAGCCCCUCCCGCCGAUACUCACAUAGAGAAAUUCACAAGAGUCAUAGCGGUGGACCAGGAAGAUGUUUUGAUAUCCGCUGACAAACAGGAAUCCAAGUCAUUUUACCUGAUAUCAAAAGCUAUGCCGUUGAUAUGUCCUAUAAUCUGCAAGACUGAAGAAGAAUGUAAAAUUCUGUCUCAAACUUUGGAAAGAGCUAAAAACAAGGAGGUAAAAGUGAAGCCUGUCGUCGAAUUCCUAGACCUGGAAGUGGCACAAGUCCACGAACGAAACCGACCCCCGUCAAUACCCAACGAAGAUGACGAAAGAUCCAGUGUCUCGAUCGACCAGCGAGGAGGGGACUUCGAGCUCCAAAGUAGCAAUUCCACCGAAAGCAACGAAAGUACGGCUCCGACGUUCCAACAGCGUCUCGACAAAACUGACGCGCAGAUUUUCACGCUUCUAACUUACAAACUAGGGGUGAUGCAGGAGUAUUACGGGUCUAGAAAGUUACCAGCAGGAGCACGAGGCGUGCCACAAUCCCUCAACCAACUAACAUCAGACGCCAACACCCUCCACGAGGUGGCCCUGGAACUACUGGACAGCUACGAGGGCGAGGAUAAAAACACCAAACUCACUAAAAUCAGAAGCUCGUUUCAGUCGCUUGUUUCCAAUGUUGAGUUUAUCAGUCAGAGCGUGUUGGUGGGAAGUGGUGGUGGGGAUAGCGAGGUUGUAGUGAGGAGUACUGUCAUGCAGCAGGAUGAGGUCAGGAUGAGGAGAGGAAGCUUCUUUGAGCGGAUAUUACCCUGGAAAUCCAAAGAGGAUCCGCCCCCGGGGACAGAACUGGUUACGAAACGGAGUAGUAAGAAACACAACAACAGAUCACGUGCCAACACGAACUCGCCCCUGAAACUGUCCCCCAAAUCCUCAACUGAGUCCCUGAACAAGGUGUCCUGUAACAGGCUCAGCUCCUGCUCCCACUACUCCACCGACUCUGAACUAGACUGUCAGGUGGACGGCACUGCAACUGUGAAACACCGCCACACAGACAUCCCUCCCCUCAAGCUGCGGUCUGCACCUCAUGUCACCUCGGGGACUAGGUCCCUGUCCAAAGCCUCCGCUCGGCACCCAAACAGGACGAGUACCUUCCAGGAACUGUUCCGGAGAUCGACCAUGGUGGCCUCCGAAGCGGAGAGACCGGUGAUAACCGGGCCGGUCCUCCAGCAUACGACUAAUAAAAUGAUCAGCACCGCCGCAGUGGAUACGGGCUGAGCUGGUUUUAUGUUUCAAGGAUUGAUGUAAUUUAUUUUUAUCAUUUCAUCGCGGAGAUUGUUGAAUUCGGAAGUAGUGUUUCUCCAAACACAAGGAAAUAUUAUCCGACGUGGAUACAAGUACGCAACAACUGAAGCGUUUUGGCUACAUUGUACAAGAGUUUGCUACAAGAGUAUAAUACCGGGCUUCUGUUUAUUUGUUGUGAGGAUAUUAUCAGUUAAGAUGAACAACAGUUUCGAGUAUGCAUUAUCGCUUCAACUGAAUGAAAGCAACCAAAGCGUAUCCAUGGAGUAAGAGGAGGUGGCCUUAAAAUGUUGCUCAAUAUCAAUGAUCAAAUUUUAUCCAGAGAUUUUACCAGAAACGAGAAAUUAAUUGUUUGGUAAAAGGAGUUGACUUAGUUGACUUGAGAAUUUUCGUUAAUCAAUUGAUUAAUUGAUCGUUAAUUAAUUAAUUAAUUGACUAGUUUAAUUUCAUUCAACUGGUUGGCUAAAUAAGACUGACAUUGAUCGGGAGAUGAUCGUUUUGUAAAUAGAAGAUGUAUUUAGUAGUUUUGUACAACGUCUAUAUAAUUCAAAAAUUUUCGAAUAC